UUUGCACUUUGGAGCUUCAGCCGCUCCAACCUUUGGUCCCUCGUCACCUGGCGGCUGGGUGUGGACUCCCCCGGCCGAGCAGCGGCAGCUCCGGGUACUUAGGAGAGAGCCGGGCCCCGGGCUGGUCAUUCCCCGCCGCGGCCAUGGUGACCACUCGGAGCCAGUCCCUCAGGCUCCCCCGGGCCUCCUAUAACAAACUCCAGGACGCGUGGGGGGAUCGCUCAGAACGCAAGGGGCUGAGCCCCCUCGUCCCCCAGGGCCGCCAGCAGGGCCCCCGCUUCCAGAGGUCCCUCAGCCUCCGGCCCCGGAGAGAAAAGCGGCCGCCGGAAGCCAGCGGGGGCCUCCCCGAGGGCGGGGACUCCCCUCCUCCCGACGGCGCUGCCGGGAACCCCGGGGACACGGAGCAGCUGAUCCAAGGCAAGGCUCGGGGGAGGCAGCGAAUGCACCAGUAUAAGAAGCAGGUGGAUCAUGCCCUGAGAAGAACGUGGGGGAGCUUCGUGGCCAACCUCCCGGGGGUGACCCUCAGCCGCUCGGCCCCGCCCGGCCCCGCCCAGGACUCUGCCAGCUGAAGGGGGGCGGCGGUGGGCAGGACCCCCUGUCCCAGCUUCCUCCGGGCCCGGGAUGACCAGAACUUCCAGGGAGUCCCCAGGCUCCUCCGGGCGGACGCCGGCGCCGCUCUGCUCCUUUAUUUAUAAUUUACAGCCUCGUCCCUUCCUCGGCCAAGCGGCGUCUCCUCGGGUGCCUUGCCCGGCCCCGCGGCCCGGGCGCCCCCUCCGUCCUCGCGGCCCGGGCACCCCCUUGGUGCUCCUGGCCGGCCGCUGACUUCCUUCUGGAGGCCGAAGCCAUUGAUCUUUCUGGGGCUCUGCCCCAGAAGGGGAGGCCGGCCCUUAGCCUCAGCAGCCUCCCUGGGGUGAAGGGAGAUAUUCAGGGGCCUGGAGAGCGAGGGCUGCUGACGCCGGACUCCUGCUGAAGCCCUCUCUGACCCCUGACCCCCUGCCGGGACCUCGCUGCCCCCCGAGAACAGACCCCCCCCUUCUCCCUCGGGUGGGCUCCUGGGCCCGGGAUGCUCUUCCUCCUCAUCUCGGCUUCCUGUAGCGGGGCUGACAUCCCGCCUCCCCAGGAAGCCUCUCCCGGCCCCCUCAGCCCCAGGCCCUUCCCCGGAGCGACUGCCUCCGAUUGACCGAUGCCGGGCUCCUUCGCAGGGGACUGUGGACAGGGGGUCUCCCUAUUCGAUUGUAGCCUCUCGGAAGAGCUUUUGCUUGGCCAGUGCCCGGCACACAGCAGGCACUUAAUAAAUGCUCACGGAGCCACGGAUUGGCCGAAAACCUGCCCUCCAAUACCUCCCUCUUCUUCCCGGCCUGAGCAAGGAUGCUGCCCUAGGGAAGGGCCCACCCUGGGCCUUUGGCCGCGGUCCCUUCCCUUCCAAGGGGCCUGGGCGGGGGCUGGCUGCACCAGGAGGGGCCAGAGAGGCAGAGGGGGCCCGGCUGUGCCGGGGAGUGCCCGCUGCUCUGUGACCUGCCCCUCCCCGCCCGACCGGCCGCACACUGACAGGGCCGGGGCCGGGACCGGACACAAGUCACCAUCUGCUGAUGAAUAAAGGCCCGAUGCUGCUCCGA